CGUAGCUUUCACCUCAUAGACUGUUUCCGUCAGCGUGCAACUCAUGGGUUCUCCUUUCUACGGACAGAUAUACUCCGUAGCAAUUGUGGUUCAAGCCGAGCAUUUUGGCUUAAGCGACCGCACGGCUGUUGCCGUCGUCGGGGACGGCCGCCUCGGGUGGAGCGUCGGGUCCGACGAUGGCGGCGCUUAGAGGGGCCAUCAGCGCUGCAGAGGCCGCCGCCCUGGUGGACGCGGCCGCUCGCGCGGCGCAGUGCGCUGGGGCGCCUCGGCGUUCGCUGGGCGCAGUCAGUCGCGCGGCGGUGGCGGCGGCGGCCUCGGCCGUUGCGCGCCCGCCGCCCGCUGCGGGGGCUGUUUCGGGGGCUGAGGAGCCUGGCGACGACAGCAGGAGGGCGACGACGGACGCGCAGCGCGAGCGGCACCGCCGUCGGCGCACUCGCCUUGCUGGGACGCGCGCCUUGGAGCGCGGCGUGGCGGCAGCGGCGGCGGCGGAGGCGGGUGAUCCUUCGGACAUGGUCGAGCCCAUGGCGAUCGACGGCCCCGAUGCCUUCGGGGGCCCCUCCAACGACGAGCUCGCCGACUUCAGCUUCCAGGGCGCGGCGAUGCCGCGCGUGGGGGCAGUGGCAGCCGGUGGCGGCGGCUGGAGUGGCGGGCGCGGGCUCGGACCCGCCUGCCGCGGAGGCUGCGCAGGCGGCUGCUGGGUCCGCGGGCGGUUCCCCGGGCGGUGGCGACGGCGACGUGGAGUCCUUCUGCGUCAGGUUCGGCGCAGCCCUCGCGGCGGUCGGGCGGCCCUCCGCUCAGGCCGAGCCCCCGAGCGACCCCAAUGAGCUCCGCAGGGCGCUGGGCGUGGUGGGGCCCAUCGUGGCGCGCCUCGUCGGCGGCGGCGGCUAGCGGAGCGGUGCGCGCGCGGAGCGGCAGCGGGCUGCCCCUCCGCAAGGCGGCGGAGGCGGCCACGCCUGAGGCGUUCGCAGGCCCCGCCGCCUUCCCAGGUCGCCUUCGGCUUCGCGUUCGAGGUCGCGGCGGACGGCCUGGACCCGGCCUGAGCGCGGCAGUGCCAGGGGGCUGGACGGGCGAGCUGCUCGCCUCGAGGCUGCGGGGAGAAAUUAGCUUGGCGAAGGACCCAAC